AUUUUAAUUUUAUUUGUCAGAAUCGCUAAGAAGGCAUCCAUCUUCAUCCAUUCUUUUUCGUUUUGCUGAGCAUAAAAAAAAACUUAUUCUUUACUUUGUUUUGUCACAAUCGAUUGGACGCAGUGGGAAACUAAAGUGACAAAACUUGACAAUAAAUCACAGACAAUCAGAAAAUAGUUAUGAUGGAGAGAUAAAUUGGCCAUUGUUCUGUAAAUUAGUGCACGGUUGCCAUUAGCCAUCUUUCUGUUAAGGAAAUGAAACCAGUAAACACUGGCACCAUAGAAACUUGACAUCAGUACACAAAAUAAUCAAGAGGGCUUUGAUAUAACUUUUCUCGUCGCUUAUGAAGAAUCGAAAAUAAGAGCAGAUCAUGACGUUUGCAUGACGCGAACGUCGCUUUUAUCUGUAUGAUAUGGUGAAAUAUUGCUGUCGUGGUAUUCUAUAUAUUGCAAACACUCCAUGUUACGCGGAUUUGAACUAGCAACUUUUGGCAACGAAAAGAGAAAUAACCUGCAAAUUGCAUCUGGCUCGUCUCUUAAAGGAAGCAAAGGCAGAACUUCUAACUGCAUAUCUGAAACUUCGUCGCUAAGGAUCAAAAGAAACCGAAAUCGUACGCAUCACACCCGAAUGGCAUUGUGGACACUCCACAGUUUCCUAAGCUGUGCACUGCUCGAAUCUGCUAGAAUUUCGGUUCACUUAAAAAUAGCGACAAGCACUUUUGAAUCUUUAUUGCAAAUCGUGUAAAUUUGGAAUAUUUUAGAAUUGUUUGGGAAAAACAUCCGCUAAGGGCAUACGUUAGCAGUAGCAAAACUAUUUGCAAAUCAACAUACUUACUGUUCUUUUGUAAUACAAAAUCUGAUUAAAAAACCACGACGACGUUCCGCUAGGUGAGUACAUGACACUAUGUAAAUCAUCUCCAGAUAGUAAAGAAGACCUCGAUAUCCCUGAACACAACAACAGUUCUAAUAAUGGAAUUUAAUACUGGUGCAUAUGCCAUAUGGCUUUUCUUUAGUAAUAUCAUCAAUAUCAGUUUGGUUUCUCUUGUGGUCAUUUUUUUUUUCCUGUUAUCAGACAUUAAUCAUAACAAACCUAUCUUUGUUUGUUUGAAACAAACCGUAGUUUUCCCCCGGGGGAGAGGGUAUUCCGAGAAAAAUUGAGUAGGGAUGUGCAUGUGCGGUCCGCUUCCCAAAACCCUUACCCUAUUUAUGACCACAAUCUGCGAUUUUCCCUACCCUAUAAAUGACUUGAUCAAAAAUUGGAUACCCUAUGUAUGACUUGAUCCUAAAUCAAUACCCUGUUUCACCCCUGCGUUAUACUUAGUACCCUAGUUCAGACUGAUGUUAAAGGCAUCGUGAAGGGCUUUUGUUGAGCGGUCUUAGCAGUAAUGAUGACAAAGUAGCUUCUUCUAAAAAAUCAUACCCGGUUUAAGACUAGAGUUCAAAACCUUUACCCUAUUCAUGACCAAAACGGCUGAAAAACUAUGGCCUUUAUGGUCGCACAUACCUAUAUAGGCCAAAUAAAGGAGUACCAACCCCCCGGUAGUUUUCCACAUCCAACUGAGAGCCUUCUUCAAGUCCAUGCAAUUAGCAAAUGACCUCAGGCUGAAAAAGUUCUAUUUAUGGCUACUUCAGAACAUAGCUUUCUUUGUUUUGUUUCACUGUUUUGUUGCAUAUGGCGUGGUUUACAGAUGGGCGAGUCCUUUUGUGACGCCCGCGCCGAAAAGUUGUAUGUUAAUUGCUACUUUCGAGAUUUAUUUUCAAAGUAGGCAUUCAUAGUCAAAAGAAUAUAAAUGAUGGCUGCUGAUUAAGUGUCAAUAUGCUGGUAGCUUUCAAAACUGAACUUCACAUAGUUGUUUAAGUCAUUCCUUAGUUUAACCAGUAUUGAGUUAUUAACUAAAGGUGAUAAAGCUUAUGGAAAGUCAGGGAGCGUUUUAAACUACUGAAACUAGCUGGGGUCAUUGAGUAAGAAGAAACCACCCAUAACACGGAAUCAAGUCGGCAUAGCGAUAUUAUUUAUUUGAUUUAACUGGAGUUGAAAUGGCUGAAAGAAGAUGAAUGACACAAUCACAAACUCAUUGAACCUGUCACACUGCACAAGCUGUUCUGAUGUGUCGCAGGUUGACUGGGACCUGACUCUAAUUACAGUUGUGACUUUACCUCUCAUCGAUGUCCUUGUUUCCAUUCUCGGGAUGCUCGGGAACGGCCUUGUGUUACUGGCUAUCGCAAUAAACCGCACUAACUUUCGCUCUGUACCAGACUUCCUCAUCUUCAGCUUGUCGUUAGCUGACCUCUUAGUGACAGCAAUUUACUUGCCUCUAUUCGUCAUCUACAUAAUCUGCUAUGAAGAACUGCGGAUGAACGAUGCCUACAGCAUGGUCAAGAGUUUUGUAGGUCACUUGGCCUUAUUGGCCUCCAUAGGGAGUAUAUUUGGAAUCACAAUAGACCGACUCACAGCGGUACGAUGGCCUUUGCGAUACCCCAAGCUAGUGACGAAGAAAUUUGCUUUCAUAUUUAUAUUUAUUGCAUGGUUGAUAUCUGCGGUCUUCGCUUCGUCUUAUUCAUUUUUCGAACCGAGCCAUUUUUUCCUGUUGGGUUACUGCAUGGCAUUACUUCUGGCCACAAUUUUAAUGUACUCGUACAUUUUCAAAGUCGCUCAUGCACAACGUAAAAAAAUAGUCGCUAUGAGAUAUCGAGACCAAGAGGACCAGAGGCCUGAACUAUCCGCCGAUAACCAAGAGGAAAGGAAAACCACAAAAACAUUAAAGGAAAGGAAAGCUGCCAAAACAUUUGCCAUAGUAAUCGGUGUAUUUGUAAUCACCUGGAUUCCUCUCUUAGUUUACCCGCUUUCUGUUUCGAGAUCUAAAAGAUGGUUCUUUGAAGGUUUUCUUUGGGCGGAGACGUUUUCGUUAUGGAACUCUUUCAUAAAUCCAUACAUUUAUUUCGCCAGGAGCAAACGAUAUAAAAUAAUGGCCCUGCAAAUGCUAGGUUUUAGACAAUGGCGACGUCCGAUUAAGCGCCCCUCUCGAGUCGGCAUAUGCAUGGAGACAUCCAAGGGAACAACAACGAACAACUGAAUUCUCACCCUAGUUCCAGUAGAAAAGUAACAUCCGGGGUGGUACUCCCAGAAAUAUUGGGUGAAGGUAUGUGGCCGCUUCCCAAAACCCUUACCCUAUUUAAGACCAAAAUCUGCGAUUUUUCCUUCCCUCUAUAACCCAUCUAAGGGACUACUCCCCCGGGUAAGGAACCCCUUAUGUAAGUGGCGUGAACUAAACCAAGAUGAUCCAGUGAAAACAUCGUUAUUUCCACCAUAGUUUUAUAAGUCAGUGGAACUGAAAAAAGAUAACAUUGCUAGUAUUCUAUUCGAAUGUGUGCGUUGAGCCAAUGUAGAGAUUAGAUAACGAAAAAUAUAUGUAUAUUGACGCGGCGUUAUUGCAUAAAACUUCUGGAUUAUUGCCACCCCUAAAAUAAUAAUUACAUACUAUAUUAUACACAAUAAAUUAUAUACUUUCAAAUGAGACUUCA